CAGUGAGGGCCGGGCUCAAAUCAGUUUUCACCAAGUUCAAGUCGACAUUGUUGCAGCUUUUGCAGCCUGCAAAGCGGAAAUGUGGUUGACUGCAGCAUAGCAUGGACUCCUCAGAGCUCGUACCUCGCGUGCUUGCCAUUUACUGGCCCCUGAAGCUGAAAAUCUUGAAUUGGCAAGGCGAUGAGGAGCAGUGGCUGGACGGGCCGAGUGCGUUGACAGGGCAACCGCGUCGGAUACCUUGGGGCAGAGAAGUGCUGGUUGAGAAGCGGGACUUUGCCGGCGCAGCGCUUGUGGCUGGUGAUGGAGUUGGUUCACAGCUGGGAACUGCUGUCAGGUUGAGGCACUCAUACGUUGUCUCCUGCGAAUCCGUGGAGAAGGACGAGGCUGGAAACGUGGUUGAAAUCCACGGGCGAUGUAACUAUGACAGCCUUGGUGUGCCAACAGCCCUUGACGGAGUGGGCGAGGGUCCCAAAGUCGUGUCUUGGGUGCAUGCCUCUCUUGACAAGCAUCUGCAGGUCCCCCUGGUCGAAGGGCCUGGGAAUUUUGUCGCUACCUACUGGCCCCCUGGAGCCGGUAACGCAGAGGCAGUGCCGGAGUUCAGUAUGCUGUGUGAACCAUGGCUUCGGAGCUUGGCAUCUGUACACAAUGCGGCGUCCCACAUUGCUUCACCACGAGCUGACAGUGUCUUCAUUGGGCAGUGCCUGUCAGUGAACGGCUAUGAAAAUUUGGGUCAGGCAGCUGUGGACACAGGCGUUCAGCUGGAGCGCCUGGGGCGCUUCCGUGUUUGCUCACUGCCUGAGAGGCGCAUAGCGCUGCAGUGUUUGUCCGCUUGGCGCCCGAAGUUCUGCACGCCGGCAAAGCCAUCAAAGCGCCAGCGUGUACCGGAUGCGGUUCUAGCUGCUGCAGCUGCAGAAGCAGCUGCUCGAAAGGAGGCCAUGCAGAAAGCGUCUGUGGACUUUGCACGCUUUGCGUUGGAGGAACCUUUGCUUAUGGUGUGUGCGUGUGAUCGAUGGGAGAGGGUGCUGGCACUUGACCUGCAAGAAGCGUGGCAAAGCACUGACUUUGUGAAUGUGUCGGUGGAGGAGAUUGCACCGGCACUGUUCAGGAUUCGAGGUCCAGUCCCACCCAUGCCGGCCACUCCGAAUCAAGCUCCUGCGACGGAAGAUCAAAAGGAGAAAAUUCAGAUCUUGCCCGAAGGAACCUUUGACAGAGAAUGUGUCUGGCAUGCUGCUGGGAUCCGACGCUGCCUUCAGCUACUGACCUUGCCAUUAAAGCCAGCGGAAGUGAUUGAAGCUGCGGCAAAGCUGAACUUCCCCGAUGGAUGGAGCUUGGAGCAUGAAGGGCCUCACCCAGUCCGCUAUGAGUCCCUGGCUCCAUUCACACAGUCGUCCUCAUUCCUGGCUGCUGGCCUUGGGCGUGUCAUCUCGGGACCGAUCCGACCAUCUCCAGAUGAGACAGACAGACAUGCCUCAGCAAGACUAGUGACGGUGGAGAUGAUCAAUUCUGAAGGCUUGCACUUCCUUGCGAAGGAUUCGUUAGGCCGUCAGAGUUUUAAUCCAACUGCUUUUGGCUCUAUUUGGAGAUCUCGACCUUUCCCAGACUACAGUGCUGCCCUGGAACCCUUAGCUGCUUUAGCGCUAUUGGGGAUAGGUUUACGGGUACAUCACCGCUUGGGGAGAGAACCCCGGGCUUUUCUGGAUGCAACAUGUGGAACUGGUACCGUGGCAGCCGCAGCAAAGUACUGCGUGUCUGCUUGGCCAAUUUUCGCAGGGGACGUGAACGUUACAAUGUCAAAGAGAUCUCUUGCAAAUCUUGCAGCUGCAUUCCCAGGCCAAGCUUACGAACUUCUGGAUGAGCCGCCACCAACAGAUCCGCUUCCUGGAAUUGGCGUGAGGCAUUGGGAUGCCACUAAUCCAUGGCCCAUCCCAGCACGGGCCGGUCUGGGUGAAGGGGGAGAGGGUCUCUUGGUGGCUUCGAACCUGCCAUGGGGCAAGAGUUUAGAUACACAAGUUGAAGCUGCAACACAAGUGGCUCGAACUUUGUCGGCAACUCUCCCCCGCGCAACUAUGUGCUUGAUUGCUCCUGAAGAGGUUGGGCGCAAUUGCAGUGACUGGUUCAAGCUCUUGCACACAGCACCCGUGGGGAAGAAGGCUGCGUUGAUUGCCAAAGACCCCAUGACGCAGUUGAAGGCCCGCACAGAGCGAGCUGAGCGAGUCAAAGCUGGCGUGGAAGAAGCUAGAAAGAAGCGGAAAUUGGAGUUCCACUUGUCCUUGCAGAAGGACGCUAAGAGGCUGAAGGACGAAGCUGCGGCUGCUGCGGCUGCAAAGAAAGCAAAGGAGCUUGCACAAGAAAGCGUGAAUCCAUGCGAGCAUGGUGCAGAAGCGCAGCAUUCAGUGUGCUGCACACGCCUCAGUGAAGCCGAUGACCUUCUAGAGAGUCUUUAUGGAGGCCUCCCGCCACCUGACCCAAAGAAGGCCAUGACAGAAGCUGGAAGUGAUGCUUCAUCAUCCAGCGGCUACUUGGGGGCUGGUCCUCAUGCCCGCUACUUCUACUCGCUGGUGAAGUCUCGCCAUGCUUCACCAUUGAUCCUAUGGAUGACUGGUGGGCCUGGAUGUUCAUCCAUUUUAGCGAUGCUCUCAGAGAAUGGGCCUUGUAGGCCAAAGGAGAAGUUCAAGAACGAGCAGGGACACGAUGAGUGGAAGCUGGAGCACAACCCGUUCAGCUGGACGGAAGCAGCUUCGGUGCUUUGGGUGGACCAGCCUGCCCAGGUGGGCUUUUCCACUGGUGAGCCCGUCUAUGAUGAGAAGGGUGUCUCUCAGCGAAUGCUGGCCUUCAUGCAGAACUUCUAUGGGGUCUACCCAGAACUUUUGAGAGCUCCAUUGUAUAUCACGGGUGAGUCCUUCGCAGGCCAUUUCAUCCCUGCUGUUGCUACUGCGCUGCUGGAAGCCUUUGAUGCGGGCAACCCAGUGGCAAGACUGCAUGGUGUUGCCAUGGGCAAUGCAUGGGUGAGCCCUGCUUCGCAAUAUGGCUCCAAGCCCUGGAUGGCAUUUACUGAAGGCUUCCCAGAAGGAGGAUCAGUCCAUGGUAUUGUGAACGAAUCAGUCUUCCAUUCCAUGUUAGGAGCCCUCCCCAGCUGUCUAAGGGGCGUCCGGUCCUGCCAAGCAGAGACAUGGAUCCCUGGGCAAUGCCUUUCGGCCUUCAACAGUUGCACCACAUUGGAGCUUAUCCCAGAAGUGUCAUCUGGGAGGAACCCCUAUGACCUCAGAAAGGUUUGCACUGAGAGCAGCGCCAUCAAUUGCUAUGAUUUCACACUCGAGAAGGAGUAUUUGAACGAUGUCGAGGUGAAGCGCGCGCUGGGUGUGUCAGAGCAGCUCAAAUGGAAGGUCUGCAAUUUGGUGAUUGACGUUGACUUCGCCAUCUCCGGAGACUGGCUGAGCGACUCUAGCCAUGUGGUGGACAGACUGCUAGACCGCGGUGUGCCGGUGCUGGCCUACUCAGGGGAUACUGACCUGAUGGUCGACUGGCUGGGCACCAAGAAUUGGAUGGCGGGCUUAUCGUGGUCCAAAGCCCACCAUUGGGCAGAGGCAGCGGAGGCAGCGGAACAGCCCUUGCGCACCGGCCCCAAUUCAAGUGUUGCCGGCCGCGUUCGAUCGGCGGGUGGCUUGACCUUUGUGCAAAUUUUCAAUGCUGGGCACAUGGUUCCACGCGAUCAACCAGAAGCCGCGCUGGCUAUGGUGCGGGAGUUCAUUUCCCCAAGCUCUAAGUGGAGACAGUUUCUCCCUGCCGAAACGCUUGCAAGGGAAGAUGUCUCCUGGAUGCUUCCGGCCCUAGUGAGCAUCAUCUCACUUGUGGUGUUAGGUGUCGCGAUCCUUAGAGUGGCAAGACGGACCGGAUCUGACGAUUCCUAUGUUUUGCUGUCGUAA